GGUCAAAGAAAAUUUUUGAACGAGGAUUCAGUAAAUAUUAAAUAUUUUUUUAUAUUUCUCUUGGAAAAUAUGAGAUUUGAGGAUAAAAAUGAUCUACAAAUUCUUCCAUAUUCAUUUAUUACAAAUUGAUAGACCUUUCCAUAUCUACAUACAAAAUUUUAUUUCUCUACGCUUUCAGUCAUCUUAAUUUUAUUAAUUUCAAGAAAAAUACUCUUUUGCUGUAUGAAAAAUUCUUUAAAUCGUACCCAUGAGAUUCCUAUCUAUAUUCUUGAAAGAUUAAACACUUUUAAUGAAAGUGAAAGGGACCUCUUCUUCAAAGGACCUAUGUCUUCAUUUGUUUACAGUUAUGAACGUCUGACAAGUCAUUUGUAAAAAUAUAAACUGUUAUUUGAGUAAAGGAAUGUGGAAUGGAGAUGGUAAAUAGUGGCAUUGAAAUGUUAUGGCAUAAUUCUGGGUGGGGUACAUAAAAAAAUCUCAUUCAACUUAUAAAAUAUAGAGGAGAAUUCAAACAAUAUCUUCGCGGUACCUCGUUUUUGAUCCGAGUCACUAAAAAUCACGUUCUUUAUUGAAAAAUUCUUAAAUCUACUUUUGAAUUCGCUCGUUAUAAUACUCCAGAUAUGGUUCAAACCUACUUACCUACUAUGAGUAUACCCUAAAGGAAUUUGUGGAAUUGGUUGUAUGCAGUGCUUAGGAUACUAAUUAAUCCAGUACUUUUACAUAUAUGGUUCUUCCUUGAUUCCUCAGUGUUAGCCUGCAUUAUUCAGUGUGCAACUGUUUGAAAUGUGAAAAAGACUGAUAUCCUGUUUUUGAAAUAAUAAUUUGGAACAAUAUACAAUCAAGUGUGUUCAGUGAAAAUGCCUGACAGUGUAGAACUAAACAUUGAAAAAGUACUCAAAGGAUUGCCAUUGGAAAAUGAGGAAUCUGGCAUUUGCGACUUUACCUUAGAAGAACAAAAUGCAGCUCUGGAAAUUCAAGGUAUUCAACCCAGUGUCAGUCCUAACUUCAAGCCAGUAUUGAAAGAAACGGUGACUUAUGUGGUUGCGGUUCUUGUUAUAAAUGACAAAAAUGAAGUACUAAUGAUGCAAGAAGCAAAGGAAAGCUGUGCUGGUAAAUGGUAUUUACCAGCUGGCAGAGUCGACAAAAAUGAAACAAUAUAUGAUGCGGCUGUGAGGGAAGUUUUAGAGGAAACAGGAUUGAUCGUAGAAUGUACAACACUACUAAAAGUGGAAGUAGCAAGUGGAUUCUGGGUUAGAUUCUCAUACAUAGGACAUGUUACAGGUGGAACACUGAAAACUGUGGCUCAGGCUGAUCAGGAAUCUCUCCAGGCCAAAUGGAUUGGGAAUCUCAAUGAAAUUACAUUGAGAGCUAAUGAUAUACUUCCAUUAAUUGAGAGAGCCAGAGAACACAAAAACCGACAAAAAGAAUCAGGUUGGCAUGAAAACAUUAUGGUUGGUUUAAAACCUCACAAUAGGAUUCUACUUCGUCUAGUGGUAGUGAUAAGAAAAAAAUCAACAAACCGAGUUCAUGUUCUAUUGAGUGAAAAAACUUCAUGGCAUCUUCCAGUUUGUGAAAUUCACCCUGCUAAAUCUUUACAUUCCACAUUGAGAAGAUUUAUGGUCGAUUUAUUCGGAGCAGGCGUACCAACACACAAGCCACAUGGAAUUCUUAGCGUUGAACAUCAUCAUUCUGGAGGAGACGGCCUCUGCGUGACUCUGCUAGUGGUUUUCAAACCACCUUUGGAGGAAGUUCCAAUCAUUGGUAAAUGCGUAUGGCAUGAAACGUCCAAAGAACUGGGUGAAACCUUGUUACAGAGGGUGUCAAAUAAAAAUUCCACGAUACCUCUUCAUGUUAUUUGUUGAAAUGUUAUUUAUCUCAAAUUAUCCAAAUUCAGUUGAACAGUACAUAUUUCCAUAACGUUAACAUUUGAAUACUCUACCCAUUAUAUUUACUCGAAUUCUGUAAUAAAUAUACUAUUUACUGUUA